GUGCUGAAGGAACUGUUGUUCACAGCUUCUGACACGGAAUCUCUCGACUGCCGCAUUGUUGCCUCGCACGACUGGUGCGAGCCAGACAGGUCGCCAGAGAUACUCAUUUUCGAGCACCGACGUUCACUGUUCCACAAGGAGCGACUUAGCCUAAAGACGUGCGAGCACACGCGCGCGACCAGUAUGUUCUACGAGCAAGAGAACGCGAGAAUGUGCUGUUUGUUCGCCAGCCAAUGGCGGCUGGCACCGGCGCGGGAAGCUCAAAACGGACACGGCAACUCGGCAAAAAUCGAGCAGGGCAACGCCUUGGCCGCUCCUGCAAAGUGACACAUCUGAUCGCAUGGCGGUGGCGGCGAGGAUGGGGGCGGAGAGACCGGCGGCGGAGAGGGCGACGGCGGCGUGGGUGGAGGAGGGGAGGGUUGUGGCGGUGAGGGUGGCGGCGGCGUGGGAGGCGGUGGCGAGGUCGGCGGUGAGGGCGGUGGUGGCGAGGGUGGUGGUGGUGAGGGCGGCGGUGAGGGCGGCGGCGUGGGUGGAGGCGGGGAUGGAGGAGGGGCGGGAGGCGGCAGCGUGGGAGGCGGUGGCGAGGUCGGCGGCGGGGGCGAGGGCGAUGCCGAGGGAGGCGGCGGCGACGGC